AUGAAUGAAUUGCUUUCUGAAAGACUUCCUUUUUUUGAAAUGUCAUAUGAAGAUUUAAUAUUUAAUAAAAUUUUCAACAAUAUAUAUCCGAUAAUUGAACCCGAAGUACCAGAUAUAUUUAAAAAACUUAUUAUUCGUUGCUGGGAUCCUAAUCCAGCUAUUCGUCCAAAUGCGAAUGAAUUAUUCACAAUAUUUUAUAAUUGGUGGAAUGAUAAGAAUGACAAAGAUUCUGAACUAUACAAACAAAUUCAAAGAUCCAAGGAAUUUCCCCAAAAAACUUCUAUGCGUGAUUUUCUCUCCCCACCUUUUGUGUCAAAAAUACAUUCAGCAGCACUUUAUACAAGCCAACUACUCAGAACUUCUAACUUUCCAAAACAUCUUUCAAGUGAUUUCAGUACACUAUCCAGUAAUGCCAAAAAUCAAAGUAAAUAUGUAACGAUUAUCAUUCGAUUUUAUUUAGGUCUACCUGAAUCAAGUAAUUCCGAUUUUGAUCAUGAUUGUAUUAUUACAUAA